GCUGACCCAGCGCGACAGGAAGGUGAAAGUCCUGGGCGCGGGCCUCCUGGCGCGAUGAGGUUCCGGUUCUGUGGUGACUUGGACUGUCCUGACUGGGUCCUGGCAGAGAUCAGCACACUGGCUAAGAUUUCCUCCGUGAAGCUGAGGCUGCUGUGUGGCCAGGUGUUGAAGGACCUUCUGGGGCAGGGGAUUGAUUAUGAGAAGAUCCUAAAGCUCACCACGGAUGCCAGGUUUGAGUCAGGCGAUGUGAAGGCUACAGUGGCAGUGCUGAGUUUCAUCCUCUCCAGUGCGGCCAAGCAUAGCGUGGAUGGCGAGUCCUUGUCCAGUGAACUGCAGCAGCUGGGGCUGCCCAAAGAACAUGCAGCCAGCCUGUGUCGCUGUUAUGAGGAGAAGCAAAGCCCCCUGCAGGAGCACCUGCGGGCCUGCAGCUUGCGAGUGAACAGGCUGGCAGGCGUGGGCUGGCGGGUGGACUACACCCUGAGCUCUAGCCUGCUGCAGUCCGUGGGAGAGCCCGUGGUGCACCUGCGGCUGGAGGUGGCAGCUGCCUCGGGUGCCCCGGCCCAGCCCGUCACCAUGGCCCUCUCGGCAGACAAGUUCCAGGUCCUCCUGGCAGAACUGAAGCAGGCCCAGACCCUGAUGAGCUCCCUGGGCUGAGACAAAGAACACUUGGGUCCCGGGUGGAGCUGCCCUCUGCACUUCUCUUCAGGCGCAGCCCCAGCUCCGUGACACUGGGGGCCUGGCCUCCUGGACCUCUGGCUUCCUAGGUUACCACAUGAGAGUUCAGCCUCGGGAUCCCGAGAACUCUUCCAGCAUUGCCUUCCCUUCCCUGCGAAGGGCACAUGUCAGUGGGUUUCAUGGGAAGGAAUAAUAAACAGAAGUGUAAGAAGUGUAAA